AUGCGCGAUUUCUACUACGGCCUCAACCAGAUCCCACCGGAAGACAUAGGGUCGGGGAUCACGCGGGAGAUGGAGAGGCGGUGGAGGGUGCUAUCGGGCCUGCAGGACCGCAAUGAGACGCUGUUCUACCGCGUUCUGGUGGAGCACUUUGAGGACAUGGCGCCCAUCGUGUACACCCCGACAGUCGGAUGGGAGGAUGUCCAGGCGAUCGUGGUGACCGACGGCAGCCGCAUCCUCGGACUGGGUGAUCUGGGCGCCAACGGCCUGGGCAUACCCAUCGGCAAGCUGGAUCUGUAUGUGGCUGCAGCCGGAUUCGACCCGUCCAAGGUUCUGCCCUGCAUCAUCGACGUGGGCACCGACAACGAGCGGCUGCUGGGUGACCCCCUGUACGUGGGGCUGAGGCGCAGCCGCGUCAGGGGUGACGAGUAUUACGCCCUCGUCGACGAGUUUGUGCGUGCGGUGACGCGGCGGUGGCCCAACGCGGUGCUACAGUUUGAGGACUUCAGCAUUGAGCACGCGCGGCCGCUGCUGCAGCGCUACCGCCAGCACCACCUCGUCUUCAACGACGACAUCCAGGGCACCGCCGCAACGGCUGUUGCGGGGCUGUACGGCGCCCUGCGCGCCCAGGGCCUGCCGCCCGCUGACCUGGCGCGGCAGACGGUAGUCUGCCUGGGGGCCGGGUCGGCGGGGAUGGGGGUGGUGCAGAUGAUCUGCGACGCUAUGGAAGCGCAGGGCGCGGCGCCCGAGCAGGCGCGCGGCAACUUCUGGGUGCUCUCGUCCAAGGGCCUCAUAACCGCCGCCAGGCCCGCCAUCCCCUGCAACGUGGUGCCUUUUGCGCGCCCCGAGGCUGAGCUGGAGGGAAGCUGCCUGCUGGAUGUCGUGCGCAGGGCCAGGCCCACGGUGCUGCUCGGGCUCGCGGGCGCGGGGCGGCUGUUCGCGCCCGAUGUGCUGGCGGCCGCGGCGGAGGGCUGCGAGCGGCCGAUCAUAUUCCCGAUGAGCAACCCCACGAUCAAGAUGGAGUGCACAGCUGAGGACGCCGUGCUCGCCACCCAAGGCCGCUGCGUGUUCGCCAGCGGCAGCCCGCAGCCGCCCCUGGACUACCGCGGGGUGACUCUUGAGUUCUCACAGGCCAACAACCUGUAUAUCUUCCCCGCUUCAGACCCCGCUGCUUGA